UGCGGCCCCGCCCCUCGCUGGUCUUCUGCCCGGGCGCGGUGCAUUGUGGGCAUCUCCCAGGCUCUCCGCACCGCAUCGCAUCGCAUCGCAUCGCCUGGGCAGCCGCCGCCCGCGGUCCAGAGGGAACGCAGCGCCGCGGUGCGAGGCCCGCAGGACGGCGCCCGUACCAUGCUCAGGGACCAGCCGCGCUGACCGCCUGCCUGUCCCACACGCCCAGCAGCCCCACCUGCCAUGGAGUCCAGAGGGAAGGGAACCAGCAGCCCCAAGCCCGACACGAAGGUGCCCCAGGCUGCCACUGAGGCCAAGGCCCCCCCAGCCACCGACGGAAAAGCUCCCUCCGCCAAGCCCGUGAAGAAGGAGGCCCAGACGGAGAGGCAGGAGCGGCCGGCAGCCCCUGCCCCCGCGCCAGCCAAGGCAGACCCCGCCCUCCUCAACAACCACAGCAACCUGAAGCCGGCCCCCGCGGCCCCCGCCGCCCCCGCCACUCCCGCCGCGCUCGGCAGUCCCGACGCAGCCCCAGAGCCCAAGGGUCCCGGGGAUGGGGCCGAAGAGCACGCAUCCACCUGCGGGGGCCCCGGGGGCCGAGGGCCCUGGCCCUUGGAGAACUUGACCCCCUUGCUGGUGGCCGGGGGUGUGGCCGUGGCAGCCGUGGCCCUGGUUCUUGGAGUGGUCUUUUGGGCCCGGAAAAAAUGAUGCCCGGUGCCCAGCUCGGGGCCGGGAGCCACUUUCUGUACAGAGCUGGAGGGCAGUGCAUGCAAGGCCUCACCAUCACACAUCCGUGUACACACGCACACACCACACGCACACGCACACGUGCUCCCCAGCCCCGCCCCCGGCUGCACAGCCCUAGGGCCGUGGAGAAGGAUGGGGCAUUAAAGGGCGUGGUGUCUCAUUCUCCCCACUCCUGCUCUCUGUGUGCAGCUGGGCGGGACACGGGGGGCUGACCGGAGGCGGCCUCCGCCAGUCCCUGGCCGGGCUCUGCCCAGGGCACCUUUCCCAGCUUGUGCCCGGGAGCCCCUGGGGCUGGGACUGCCUCACCCCCUGCCCAGAGUGGCGACUGUCCUGGGGGCAGCCGAGAGCCCCAGGGAGGGGAGGACCCUGAGGACCCCGCCCCCAGCUCCGCGAGGGCCCCUCCCAUCUGCUUCCAGCGCCCCCUGUCUAACAAGCGUAUAAAUGCAAUAAUACCGGUAGAGUAGAACCAUUUGGCGGGCGAGCGACACCCGUGCUCGGCCCCAUCCUGCCUGCAGGGAGACUCUGGCCCUCGGCCCUGUGGCAGAGGGCUGGCUCUGUGGGAGCGAGGUGUGCCCACAUCUGGGUGGUGGCCGUGGGCACCCCGGGCCCGAGGAGAGGCCGAGUCUGAAAUAAACUCUGUUAUCCGAA